GUGUCUCUCACGUGCAAGUCGAGUCUUUCUCCCCGCCGCGCUUUUUCCUCAAGCCGAUUUCUUCUACCCCUCUUCCUUCCUUCCUCCCCCCCCUUCGCACCCCUUGCACCCCUUCUCUUCUGUUCUCCUAUACUUACUCAUCGUCUGUUAUUAUUCCUGUUUGCUGUGAUUAUGUCAAAGACGUUCAAAGCUACUGAAGUUGCGGAGCACAAGAAGCCCGACUCGCUGUGGAUCAUCGUCGAGGGCGACGUGUACGAUGUUACAAAGGUGCGAAAAGUAACAUAUCUCCUCCUGAGACUCUCUGACAAGCGGGCACCAUAGUUCCAAAAUGACCAUCCGGGCGGAAAGAAGAUCCUGCAGAGGGUCGGCGGCAAGGACGCUACCGCGCAAUUCUGGAAAUACCACAACGAGGGAACUCUGAAGAAGUAUAAGGCACAACUCCAGAUCGGAUCUCUGGAGGGCAAGGCCCCGCCGUCGCCAGAGCCGGAGAGGGGGGUGGCAGAGACGGAGCAGGUUGUUACUAUGCGAGCUGGGCCUGUUGCCCCAGCGCCAACGAGCGAGGCGCAUGAGGGGAAGGAGGCACUGGACACUUAUGGUGACCUUAUUCCCUUUGGCGACCCUGCUUGGUAUCAGGGUGUGGGUCAUUCUAUAUCCUGAGAUUGCGCUGUUAGAGACUUGUGGCUGACGCGUCGAUUAGUAUCAUUCACCUUACUACAAUGCAUCGCAUGCUGCCCUCAGAGAUGAGGUUAGGGGCUGGGUUGAGGAGAAGAUUGAACCUCACUUGAAUGAUUGGGAGAAGCAGAAGUUUGUCCCUGUCGAGGUUUACAAGGAGAUGGGUACUCGCGGCUAUCUUCCCGGGUGUGUUUGAUGCCCCUGCCUUUGCUCUUGUGUUUGGCCGGUUACUAACGGUUCAACAGUCUUCUUGGCGUCAAGUACCCCAAGGAAUACACCCCAUAUAGCGUCGCCGCUGUCUCUCCGGAGAAGUGGGAUCACUUCCACGAGUUUAUUCUUACCGAUGAGCUAUCGCGUACUGGUUCCGGUGGGUUUGUAUGGAACAUGAUUGGCGGUUACUCGAUCAGUCUCCCCCCAGUAUUUAGGUUUGGUCGGAAGGAGCUUAAGGACCGGAUUGUUCCCGGAAUCAUCACUGGCGAGAAGAGGAUCUGUUUGUGUAUCACUGAGCCUGAUGCGGGUAGUGACGUUGCAAACCUGACCUGCGAGGCCAAGAGGACGUCGGAUGGCAAGCACUAUAUUGUCAAUGGCGAGAGUAAGGUGUCCGUGAUAAUCAACACAGUGAAUCUGUGCUAAUAUCUCGUAGAAAAAUGGAUCACAAAUGGUAUCUGGUCCGACUACUUCACUGUAGCCGUCCGUACUGGUGGCUCGGGUAUGGGUGGUGUUUCUGUCCUCCUCAUCGAGCGCGGCCCUGGUGUCUCUACCCGCGAGAUGGACUGCCAGGGUGUCCAUGGAUCGGGAACAGCUUACAUCACCUUCGAGGAUGUCAAGGUCCCCGUCGAAAACCUUAUCGGCAAGGAGAACGCCGGUUUCAAGGUCAUCAUGACCAACUUUAACCACGAGCGUCUUGGCAUCGUCAUCCAGUGCACGCGCUUCUCUCGCGUCCUCUACGAGGAGUCGAUGAAGUACGCCAACCGCCGCCGCACGUUCGGCAAGAAGCUCAUUGAGCACCCUGUAAUCCGUAUGAAGUUGGCACAUAUGGUCCGCCAGAUCGAAGCGACGCACAACUGGCUAGAGAACAUCGUCUACCAGGGCUCCUGCAUGGGCGACACAGAAGCAAUGUUGAAGCUCGGGGGUGCUAUCGCAGGAUUGAAGGCUCAGAGUACCACAACCUUCGAAUUCUGCGCCCGUGAAGCUGCCCAGAUCUUUGGUGGGCUCGGAUAUACAAAGGGUGGUGUCGGAGCCAAGGUUGAGCGAUUAUAUAGAGAUGUUCGAGGAUACGCUAUUCCCGGUGGUAGCGAGGAGAUCAUGUUGGAUCUCAGCAUCAGACAGAGCUUGAAGGUCCACCAGGCGCUGGGUAUGAAGCUGUGAUAUGGGAUUGGGUCGGAUUGUGUUUACGGUUCGGUUGGUUGGUUUGGAUUCCUCUCGCGCGCACGCGCGCGUGUGUGUGUAUGAGUUUUUACUAUUUGUUUACUGGUUAAAAUUGGGCUUUGUUUGAUUAGUAGAAAUUAAGCAUUGGAUGUAAUUCUGUGGCAUUGCUGCUUUUGACACCGAGAAAUAUCGUUGAGACUUGGCACAGCACUUCGGCAAUAUGAAAAGAAGGUGUUGUGAGGUCUCCGGGUGUUUAGAUUGUUCUGGAAUGAGGGGAGACUACUUGUAGACUACAUCAUAACGUGCCUGCGCAUUAGACUUGGCUGUUGCUUAACUUAGGCUUAGUAGGCACCUACGAGUA